AUGUUGCCCCCGCCCACCGUUGAGUCUGUAAACGCCGCUCUGGCCCCGCCCAAAAACCAUCGCGACAUUUCGCGCGUGCGGUUUGCCUACAGCUAUCUAAAUGAGAUCCCAAAGUUUUUGAAGCCCCAAGGCCUGGAAUAUACCGUGGUCCCUGGGCUGAAAAGAUCUGUCAAGUCGGGGCAACGGUUACAUUUUACGACGCCUAAUGCAUUCACAUUGGACCCCGUCGCCGCCGGCCUGCCAUGGCCAACAGGGUUGGACUGUAUUCGCCAGAGCAAGUUCUGGAAAAGCGGUUUGAGCAUCUCAAGCGAACUUUUGGAGCUGUUUGCCCGCGAUGAAGCUAUCAGUCAAGCAGUCAAAGCGAACGGCAAGUCGCUUGGCAGCAUUGCGGCGCACGAAUUGAACACAGUGGAAGAAGAUCGUUUCACGAAAUUUGCCACUUAUUUGUUUCCGGAGGCAGAUGAAGGUCGCAUGAGACUGCUGGCCGCUUCGAUCGUGUACAUUGUGAUUUUUGACGACGCAUGGGAAAUGGUGGCAGGAAACGAGCUGAAUGAUGUGAGAGAUGGAUUCUUGGACCGCCUCCAGGGUCGUGCAUGCCAGACUCCUGAGAGUGACCUUCAGGCCCUCAUUACAUCUACAGUUGAUGGAUUCCAUGAAAUGGAUGCCCAGGCUGGAGAUGGAGGACAAGAAGUUAUCGACCGUCUGGUCGACUUUUGCAGACACGUCCCACCAGCUCAGCAGUUCGAUACGCUUGGGGACUAUCUCACAUAUCGUCGGAUUGAUGCCGGAGUACCUUACAUUCUGGCGUGUGUCAAGUUCUCCAUUUCGUCGGAUGUCGAGAUUGAGAGCCCCCAGCUGGAGAAAUUCCUGCGGCUUAUCAGCGACCACGUUUCACUCGUGAAUGACCUUGCAUCCUACGAGAAGGAAAAGAGAGCCUAUGAUCAAGGUCGGACAUAUCAUCUGAUUAAUACUGUUGAAGUGGUUCAGAGGCUAUUUUCCUUGCCCACAGAAAACUCAGCCAAAGCCCUUGCCUACGCAAUGCAGCUACAGGUUGAGGUAGAGGUUGAACAGGAGCUGGCACGGAUGAGAGAUAACAAUUCGCUUACUGCGGAAGAAUGGCAGUUUGUGGAUGCAGUGCUGACAAUGACGGCGGGCAAUGUCUUUUAUUCGGUGGUUUCGUCUCGAUACGGUGGAGAGAGUACGCGAAUUCUGGAGUGA